UCUCUCUCUCUCUCUCUCUCUCUCUCUCUCUCUCUCUCUCACACAUCGAUGCCAGCAAUGCCAGGCCUAGUCAAGACACCAACCAACACCCCGCCGCUACGUGUGUCCGUGCCAGACACGCAACAGCAACCUCCACGAACCCCGAUGAAGAAGACCCCUUCAUCCACACCAUCUCGAUCCAAACCCUCACCCGGCAGAUCCGCCAAAAAAGACUCCCCUGGCGUCUCCUCCGCCUCCGCCGCCGCACUCGACGUCGACGAUCCCUCCCUCGACAACCCGGAUCUCGGCCCUUUCCUCCUCAAGCUCGCUCGCGACGCCAUAGCCUCCGGCGAAGGCCCCAACAAAGCCCUAGACUACGCGAUCCGCGCCACCAAGUCCUUCGAGCGAUGCUGCGCCGCCGCUGCUCCUCCCGUCCCCGGCGGUAGCGACGGCGGACCUGUUCUCGAUCUCGCCAUGAGCCUCCACGUCCUCGCCGCAAUCUACUGCAGCCUCGGGAGGUUCGACGAAGCGGUCCCGCCGCUAGAGCGAGCCGUCAAGGUCCCCGAUCCGGCGCGUGGGCCCGACCACUCUCUCGCCGCGUUCUCCGGUCAUAUGCAGCUCGGCGACACGCUGUCGAUGCUGGGUGAGAUCGAUAGAUCCAUCGCUUGCUACGAAGAAGGGCUCAAGAUCCAGAUCCAGACUCUCGGCGAGACCGAUCCACGAGUUGGUGAAACUUGCAGGUACUUGGCGGAAGCAUACGUUCAAGCGAUGCAGUUCAACAAAGCCGAAGAGCUAUGCAAGAAAACUCUAGAGAUCCACCGUGCGCACAGCGAACCAGCUUCGCUCGAGGAGGCAGCUGAUAGGAGGCUGAUGGCUAUCAUCUGCGAGGCUAAAGGAGACUACGAGAACGCGCUCGAGCACCUCGUCCUCGCCAGUAUGGUCAUGAUCGCGACGGGGCAAGAAUCCGAGGUUGCAUCGAUCGAUGUCAGCAUUGGGAACGUCUACAUGUCUCUGUGCCGGUUCGACGAAGCUGUGUUCUCUUACCAGAAGGCUCUCACUGUGUUCAAGUCCUCUAAGGGAGAGACUCAUCCCACGGUAGCCUCGGUGUUUGUCAGAUUGGCUGAGCUUUACCAUAGGACAGGGAAGCUCCGUGAGUCUAAGUCAUACUGUGAGAACGCGUUGAGGAUAUAUAACAAGCCUGUGCCUGGGACAACUGUGGAGGAGAUUGCUGGUGGGUUAACUGAGAUCUCUGCGAUUUAUGAGUCUGUGGAUGAACCUGAGGAAGCUUUGAAACUGCUUCAGAAGUCGAUGAAACUUCUUGAGGAUAAACCAGGACAGCAGAGCGCCAUUGCAGGGUUAGAGGCACGGAUGGGAGUAAUGUAUUACACGUUGGGGAGGUAUGAGGAGGCAAGAAACGCGUUUGAGAGCGCUGUGACAAAGCUGAGGGCAGCUGGUGAGAAAUCUGCCUUCUUCGGAGUUGUGUUGAACCAGAUGGGACUGGCAUGCGUUCAGCUUUUCAAGAUCGAUGAGGCUGGUGAGCUGUUUGAAGAGGCAAGAGGUAUUCUUGAACAAGAACGUGGUCCUUGUGAUCAGGACACUCUCGGUGUUUACAGCAAUCUGGCUGCUACUUACGACGCCAUGGGAAGGAUAGAAGAUGCCAUUGAGAUACUAGAGCAGGUUCUGAAGAUGAGAGAGGAGAAGCUAGGGACUGCAAAUCCUGAUUUUGAGGACGAGAAGAAGCGUUUGGCCGAGCUUCUGAAGGAAGCGGGGCGGUCACGGAACUACAAAGCCAAGUCGCUACAGAAUCUGAUCGAUCCAAACGCAAGACCUGCCAAGAAAGAGGCUUCUGCUAAGAAAUGGUCCGGCCUUGGUUUCAAGUUCUAAAGAACAAAGUAACCACAAUAAAUCAUUCACACAUAUAUUCAAUAGUAUUAUAUUAUUGUUAUUUUUAUUUGAUCUUUUCUGUAUCGUAAAUCUGAGGCUGGUGAAUUAAUUUCCUGUAUAGUGUUAUUAUUUGAGUUUGGUGAAGUACUUCUCAAGUUGGUGAGCUGUUUGUUUGAGUGUGAGAGUUUCUUUAUUUCGUUGCUCAAAAAAAAAAAAGAGUAUCUUUAUUUCA